CUUCAAUUUAUUAACAGUAUCAAGACCAGCGUGGUCCAGAAGUGUAGUGUUUGGUUUAGUUUAGCUUCAAACUGCUGCGUCGACCAUCUAAGAUGAGGUCGUUAGCGCUAUUGGCAAUCUUUGGCUGCCUCUGUGCCACAUUAGUUCUAGCGGAUGAACCGGUCGCAGUACGCGAGAAACGCAGUCCGGCUCCAUUCUUCUUCAACAAGGGCCAUGACGAUCACCACCACGAACCCAAGUGCGUGUGGGAGAAGAAACUAGCCUGGAAGGAGGACUGGAAGAAGGUCUGGGAAUCGAAGAAGAUCGAAGUUUGGAAGUCCGAGUGGAAGAAACAGCAGAUUCCGGUCUGGAAGAAGAUCGAGGUGCCGAUCUGGCGCGAGGUGAAGGUCCCGGACUGGAAGAUCGUCAAGAAGCCAUACUGGAAGGAGACUGAGAUCCCGGCCUGGAAGGAGGUGCAGGUGCCCGACUGGAAGAAAGUUACCAAGCCUGUGUGGAAGGAGGUGCAGGUGCCGGUGUGGAAGGAAGUCGAAGUGCCAGAGUGGAAGCAGAUCUGGGUGCCGGAUACGGUGAAGGUUGGCAUUCCCGGGGAGAAGUACUUGGGCAAGGACGAGCACGGUUGGGAGUACACCAGCCACGAUCUGUGGAAGAAGAAGAUGGUGUGGAAGCCAGUGUGGAAGAAGGUGACCAAGACCGUGAAGAAGGAGGAAUGGAAGACCGAGAAGAAGCUGGAAUGGAAGGACGAGUGGGUUCAGGUAUGGCGCAAGGAGAAGCAGCAGAUCUGGGUGAAGAAGAAGGAGGAAGCGUGGAAGGAGGAGAAGAUCGAGAUCUGGCGCAUUGAGAAGAAGCAGGAGUGGGCUACCGAGAAGAAGCUGGAGUGGAAGGAUGAGUGGAAAGAAAUCAAGGUCCCAGCCUGGAAGGAAAUUCAAGUGCCCGCGUGGAAGAAGGUGUGGAAACCCGUAUGGGAGAAGGCCUGCGUCCCAGUCAGCCACGGAUGGCAUUAGUCGCUGUACCAUGUAGUGAAUUAGGUUGUUAAAAUUUAGUUAGUCUCGUAUUAUUUUCCGUUCUUUUGUUAGGAGUCAGUUGAAGCUCUCUGUUUGUGACGGACGGUGCGCGUAAGCGUCGUGGUUUAACUACCGUUGGCGUGCCCGGGAGUAAUUCGGGCGAUUGGUUGCGCAACCCUGACGACAGUCUAAAAGGUAUCGCUAACUCUGUUUCUGCUCUUGUGUCUGUCAGUAUAAUUUUCCUCUAUACAUUACGUCCAAAGAAGCCUGAAGAAAGAGCGCGCAAGGCAAGAGCACCUCCGUCGGGGUGCUCUCCUCUACUGACUAAUAUUAUUUUUUAUGCGAAAAGUUACUUCCACCUGGGUGUAUGUGUGUCGGAUGCCGGAGGUGGCAAGCUGCAGGCGCAGGUUAGCUAUUAGGCACGCACCUUUCGACGUCGCGGGUAGCAGCUCAUCUUCUUCGAGCGGGUAACAGUUACCAGAGUUUUCUUUAUGUAAAUACUUUCGAUUCAAUUAGCGUAUUAUCUCACACUACUUCCCGCGCGCCAAAAUAUUUCUUUUUCGCCGCCCCGCGUCGUAACUCGAUCAGCCGCGCCGUGGCGCUACGAUUCGGAGAAAGAUAUGGGAACCGAGACCGAGACGAUGAGAUAAUCACUUCCUACGAUGCUCGUAUUUGUUUUCAAUGGAAAGCAAUUAAACCGUUUUUCUCGGUCAGUUUUUUUUUGUUGGGCGCCAAUUGCGAGCAAUACCCGCAAUAUGAUCGUCGAGUGCGGCGCUCGGUGCGCGGCUGUAUUGUGCGUUUUGAUAACACAAUGGCCUAAUGAAGUUAUGAGCCGGGAGGUGUGUUUUGUGGGUUACUGUGGCCAAUUGGACGAAAGAAAGUCGACGUCAGCAGGAGAAGCAGCAGUUUUAAAUUCGUUUCGAUUGGAUCAUCCGCAGAGACCAUCGCCGCAUGGCCACCUUUGAUGAAUUUGAGAUGUAAUUUGGGUGUGAUCUAAGAAGGCGAUGGAUAAUUGGAUGAGAGGUGAUUGGUGGAGUCAGGUUUUGCUCGCCUACUGCCAAGUGAUUACAAGAAUUAUAUCACUGCGCUUGAUUGGAUUGGAGCUACACUUUUGAUUUUUGCCAAUUGUUUGUUUUCGAAGCGAUAACAUUCAGUUGAUUUUAAAUUGACACAGCUGAAAACGUCAGUGUACUUAAACACCAAACGAAAUCUUAAAUUAACACAGCACGUAACCUUGUCUGAUAGCAAAUGAGUUAUAACUUAAAAUUCAACGAUUAACAAUGUGAACUACCUCUCAACACUUACGACGGCUUGCAAUAUUCGUCGGUAUGAAUAGAAAGUAGUACAGUUGAGUUAGUAAAAUUUCCUGUCGUAAAUACUACAUGUGGAACAUGUUUGUGACACCUUACUAUACUACCCGUUUGGAACAUACUACAAACUGCCUUCCGUUAUUAAUAAAGCUAGCAUUCUAGUAGUUACUUACGAAGUGAAUUUUGAGAUUCCAAGAGGUAUUAUGAGAUUUCCAUACACAGAUUUCAGUGUGAAUGAACAGAAUUAAGAUUUUUCGUAGGAAUGUUGGCAUUGCUUUAAUUAUUUUGAAAUUUGUGUUCUAAAUUCUGAGAUUCACACAUUUGGAAUUUGCGUUAGACAUUUUAAAGGAUCUUCAUGGAUUUCGCUUAUUAUUCCAGAAACUCUGUAGGAACUCUAAAAUUUCGACAGCCAUUCUGCAUUUUUCGUAAUAAUGUUGAGGUUCCAGCAGCCAUUCUUAGAUUUUUGUUGAAUAUUCUUGAAAUCCAGGAAAAGUUCUGAAUAUCUGUGUGAAUUUUAGAAUUCGUAUAGUAAUAUUUGGGAUUCCGGUUGUAUUGUUUAUGUAAUUCUUAAGAAAUUACUUGGUACUUCGAUCGGAAUCAUUGAAAUCUGAUCAUAACCUCGAGAUUUCUCCGGGAAACACUGAAAUAUCGGUGUUAUUCCUGAAAAUCGGUAAGAAUUUUUCAAGAUUUUGGUGGGAAUCCUGGGGUUUCUGAGAAAAUUUUCACUGAAUCCCAACGGUGGUAAUCGUUCAAAGCCAUUAAAAUUCCCAUUAAAUCCUCAACAUUCUCUCUUGUAUUUCAGAAUAACAUUUCAACGGUUCUCAAAAUACCAAAAACAUCCUCCAGAACCCUAGGAUUGUAAUCCCAGGAAUUACACGAUUUCCACAAGUAUCCUAAGGAGAUUACUGGAAUCAUGGAACUUUUUGCCAGAAUCCUUAAAAUUACCACUGAAUUUCGUAACAUUCUGCUGGGAUAACAACUCUGGGAUUCCCUACAGAAUUCUUGAAAAUCGUGCCAAAUUACAACCAUUAUCACAAAAGCAGAUUUUUAAUUCUAGGCAUUCCAAGCAUACUUCCAAAAUUUUUUGGAGUCACACUAGAAUACCGAGUUUAAAUAGAAUCCCAUAUUAAUCAUUGGAAUUGUAAUACUGUUAAAAAAUUACACUUGAAUCUUGAGUACCUCAAAAUUCUAUUUCAAUUUCAUUUAAAACCACGAUUCAAAACCAUCAGAAUUUCAUAAUUGUUGUUUGAGUGGGUAAUACUAUAUAUUAAAAUUUCCACCUUAUUAGAAAAGAUAGAAAAAAUUAGUGUGAAAUUUUGUCAAAAUUAUGAACGAAUAAUUAUAUUUUUAAAGUAUAGUGAUUUAUCAUGUCAUUUUUCAAAUUUUCUGUAGCUAGUAAUUUCAAAUUUCUUAAUUCUUCAAUCACUGACUGAGAGAUUCAGAUACUUUUUGUUUGGAAAUCUCGCCAAAUUGAAUUUAGUUUUACCAUAAGGGAUUAAUUCACUAUCCCCUUAAACUGAUUUUAACUUCAAACCAGCGUUGGAAUUUUUCAAAUUUAUUGGUUAAAUUUUUUCAAAUAUUUCGAAAAUUCUUAAACUCUGUUCAAACUUUUUUGCUGCAAUCAAGAAAAUUUACGUAAUCUGACCCUAAUUUCGAAUCGAUUGGCUUUCAAAUCGAUAGCCCAUUUCCAACCUAAGGUGACGAAUCUCCUCCAACAAUGACCCUCGUCUUGGCCCCAGAGCAAUACCUAUCUGAUCGAUCGACAAAGAAAGCUCGUUAACGUUAACCGUUUUACUUCGUUACAAAGUAGUUCAAUCGCUUGCGCAAGUUCCUCUACAUCAAAAAAAAGAAAA